GCGCGGUGAACAGUGAUGUCCGCGUCAGCGCCCCACAGCCACGGGCGCACCCCCGGGCGGCGCAGGGGGCACCAACACCACCCGCGGCUGAGGGGCAAUAGAUUUCCCGCCCCCGACGAAACCGUAAACACUCCGUCCAAUGUGACCUUAGACUGCAAAACAAAUGAUGUGCCUUGUGUCAAUAGUGUUAGUGAAUCUCAAGUGACAAGGACGAAUAGUGACGAUGCACUUUCGAAUCAAAACACUCUGGACUCGAAUAUUGGUGAUGAAAUCGAUUUAGACUUAAGGUUACAGACAGAGCUAGACAAUAGUUCUGACGAUGAAUUCUCAUUUAAUGAGGAUAGAUCUGCUGGGGAUGGUGCUGAAGGAGUGCCACUAGCCUCCGACAUAAUAGAUGAUGACCCUGAAACAGCAGAACUUGCAAAACUCAGGUGCACAAGUGAAUGCACCGAAGUCCUGGCAGCAAGAGAGAACCGUCGUAGAAACCGGCGAUGCGCUGAUUAUCCUGGCCUAGCCUUUGGUAGUUCAAUAUUUUCCUCAGACACAAUGAUGAAGUUUUCAAUAAUCAAGAAUGAGUUGCAGAAUAUUAAGAAUACGGCGUUAAAAAGGGCCGAAUCGGAAGUUGCUGCGCUCAACAGACGCAUCCAACUGUUGGAGGAAGACUUGGAGAGGUCAGAGGAGAGACUGGCCACCGCGACCGCAAAGCUUGCUGAGGCUAGCCAGGCCGCUGAUGAGUCGGAACGUGCCCGCAAGGUUCUGGAGAACAGGUCGUUGGCCGAUGAGGAGCGUAUGGAUGCCUUGGAGAACCAGCUCAAAGAAGCCAGAUUCCUCGCAGAAGAGGCCGACAAGAAAUACGAUGAGGUUGCUCGUAAGCUGGCUAUGGUUGAGGCUGACUUGGAGCGCGCCGAGGAGCGUGCUGAAUCCGGCGAAUCCAAAAUCGUCGAGCUUGAGGAGGAACUUCGCGUUGUUGGUAAUAACCUGAAAUCCCUUGAAGUCUCAGAGGAGAAGGCCAACCAACGUGAGGAGGAGUACAAAAAUCAGAUCAAAACUCUAACUACUCGCCUAAAGGAGGCUGAAGCUCGCGCUGAAUUUGCUGAGCGCUCUGUCCAGAAACUUCAGAAGGAGGUCGACAGGCUUGAAGACGAUCUGGUGGCCGAGCGCGAAAAGAGCAAACUCCUGCAGGAGGAAAUGGAGUCCACGCUCCACGAUAUCCAGAAUAUGUGAACACCUCGCUAAAUAACUUACCCGCGCGGCUCACUCAAACAUCGAUAGUCUGCUAUCGACUCUCCCCCGUCCCUAUCCUGUCAAUUCGAACGCCGAGAGGCAGGAAAGUUUAUUUAAUUAUUUAUUGCUCCGUAAUGUUUACGUUGGGAUUCAUAUUUAGUGGCAGAGUGAGGCGAGCGGGUGAUUAGAUUUGUAAACGUAGUGGAAAUUGCCAGCCGCUUAUUAUUAAAUAUUCGCUACGACACCACUGCCAUGUGCAAUUUUUUAUACAAAAGUAAACCUAACUCUCUCGGACUGCCCACAUUAAUUAAGCAAUGUUUGAAACAACCCAUUGUUUUUUUAAUAAUCCGACGUGUUCGAACGAAUUACAAACCUAUCAUUGUCCGAAUUUGUUCGGUUUACUUGUAGUCAUUCUAAUUAGUAUUCUUUCGAAAAUUAAGAGUUUCCUCAAACGUCUUAGUCAUAUAUUGAGUGUCUUAUGAAACCGCGAGAUAUUAGGUGUUGUAUGCUACUAUGAUCGCUUUGUAUUUUAUUAACACGUUAAGAACAUUCCAUUUCGUGGACCAAGAUAGAUUUACUUAAUUUUUUCUAUUUUUAGCACAAUUUUGAUAAUUUUGAAGGCACGCGGUUGUUAUUAUUAACAUUCCUUUAGUUAGGCUCUCGUUUGUAGUGCGUUCAAUUUAAAAGCGUGGUCAGCCUCGGUGGUCUUUUUGUUUACUUAACGCUAGAGAGAUUAGAUUUCUUUUCGUAUAUUUGUGUGAUCGUAACAAUUUAAAUGAUAUUUUUAUGAAUUGAUUUGUAUAUGAACUAUGUAUAUGGUAUUUUUAUUUUUUUGAUAAUUGGUCUUUCUUGUGUCAUAACAUCCGUUGUGCUUAUCGUAUAACGGCCAUUUUGUUUUGAUAUUUGGAGCUGGCAGUCUUGAUCGAGUGCUCGCUCGGGCCGGGCGUUGUGGAAAAUAAAAUUUUGUAUUAUUAAAUAAUUUAUCGCGGUCAAUUAAGGCAGCAUCGUCUUUGGAAAUGUUAUCAGUUUGUCUUAUGAAUUGAUAGUUAAUAAGUACGUGAGAUAUAAAUUAAAUGAGUUUAAGAGUAUUCUAACACAAGUGUUUAUAAAUAUAUUAUAUUAUUAUUUUUA